ACUCAACUUACACUUUUUUCAUUAAAAAUGGUUUCUAACACAAAGAUUAUUUUCGCCAAGGUUCCCGCCACCUACCCCGAAGCUGGUGAACACAUGGUUGUCCAAAAGGAUGAAAUCGAUCUCGAAGCUGAAAUCCCUCAAGGUGCCAUCCUCCUCAAGACUUUGGCUUUGUCUGUUGAUCCUUACAUGAGAGGUCGUAUGCGUGAUGCUUCCAAGGAAUCUUAUUCUCCUGCUUUCCCUCUUGGUCAACCCAUGAACGGCCACACCAUGACUCAAGUUAUCAAGUCCAACAACGACAAGUUCAAGGUUGGUGAUAUCGUCUAUGGUAUGACUCCUUUUGCUGAAUACGCCCUCUUGCCCGAACAAUUCCUCGGUUAUGUCGAAGUUCGUAACGAAGCCAAGGAUUCUGGUAUUCCCAUCACCAACUACAUUGGUAUUCUCGGUAUGCCUGGUAUGACCGCUUAUGUUGGUUUGAUCAAGUUUGGUAAGCCUAAGAAGGGCGAAACUCUCUACGUUUCUGCUGCCUCUGGUGCUGUUGGCCAAUUGGUUGGUCAAAUUGGUAAGAUCCUCGGUUUGCAUGUUGUUGGUUCUGCUGGUUCAGAUGAAAAAGUUGCCUACUUGAAGGAAAUUGGUUUCGAUGGUGCCUUCAACUACAAGACUACUGACACUGCUAGUGCCUUCAAGGAGCUCUGUCCUAACGGCAUUGAUAUCUACUUUGAAAACGUCGGCGGUAAGAUGCUCGAAGAUGUUAUUAACCACGCCAACAAGUUCGCCAGACUUGUCUGUUGUGGUAUGAUCUCUCAAUACAACACUCAAGAUCCUUAUGGUGUCAAGAACCUCAUUCAAAUCGUUGCCAAGUCUCUUGAAAUCCGUGGUUUCAUUGUCACCGACAGCCCUGAAAUGCAAGAACCUUUCAGAAAGGAAGUUACACAAUGGCUCCAAGAAGGCAAGAUUAAGUACAGAGAAACUGUUGCUGAAGGUAUUGAAAAGACUCCUGAAGCUUUGAUUGACGUUUUGCGCGGUAACAACUUUGGUAAGCAAGUUGUUAAGGUUGCUGACUUGUAAAUAUAAUCAUGUAAAAAAAAGUCAUUUUUGAAUAAACAUCAUCUUUGCAUUAUAUCAUACAAUCGCACGUACAAAACUGCUUUUUUGGGUUGGAAUGGUUUUGAAAGGCAAAAAGGACAACUAAUUUCUUGCCCCUUGUUU